UAAAAAACUAAAAUAACUUGUGUAAUGUAAUCAGUAGAAAAAAUUGUAAACAUGGCAAAUACAGGCUUAUUGCCGUUUGUGCGGGGAGUUGAUUUCACGUGUAACGAUUUCAGCGACGAUAAAUUUCCUGAUGCUAUUCGCUAUAUGACUGGAUUGCAAUGGUUGAGACUCGACAAGACAAACCUUUGUGAUAUACCUGAAGAACUAGGAAAGUUAAUGAAAUUGGAAAACCUUUCCUUGAAAAAGAACAAUCUAGAAAAGUUAUUUGGUGAACUCACAGAGUUAAAGUGUUUGAGAUCUCUGAAUGUCAGGCACAACAAGGUGAAGACUUCUGGGAUCCCGGCUGAACUUUUCCAUCUAGAAGAACUCACUACCUUAGAUCUGUCACAUAAUAGGUUAAAGGAAGUCCCUGAGGGGUUGGAGAAAGCUAAAUCUUUACUUGUAUUGAACCUCAGCCAUAACAGAAUUGAAACAAUCCCACCAACUUUAUUUGUCCAACUAACUGACUUAUUAUUUCUGGAUCUAUCUCAUAAUCUUUUGGAGACCCUACCCCCUCAGACUAGAAGGUUGGCAAACCUGCAGACUUUGAUACUCAAUGAUAAUCCACUUGGAGUUUUCCAGUUGAGGCAAUUACCUUCACUUCAAAGUCUAGAGACACUGCAUAUGCGAAACACACAAAGAACUCUUGCCAAUUUGCCGACAUCAUUGGAAACACUCUCAAAUCUUUCCGAUGUGGACUUAUCAAAGAAUGCAUUAACGAAAAUACCAGAUGCCUUGUACACGUUGUUGAGUCUCAAAAGACUGAAUCUUAGUGAUAAUGAAAUCUCGGAAUUGUCUGCAGCAAUGGAUACAUGGCAGAAACUAGAGAGCUUAAAUUUGUCAAGAAACAAUCUGACAUCACUUCCGGCGUCUUUAUGUAAGCUGCAGAACUUAAGGAGGUUACAUGUAGACGACAAUAAACUUGACUUUGAAGGCAUACCAUCUGGAAUUGGGAAACUUGGCGCUUUGGAAGUAUUCUCAGCUGCUAAUAAUUUACUGGAGAUGAUACCGGAAGGAUUGUGUAGAUGUGGCGCGCUAAAAAAGUUGAAUCUGAGUUGCAAUAAGCUGAUCACUCUCCCCGACGCCGUUCACCUUCUAAGCGAUCUGGAAAGUCUUCAGCUUCACGGAAACCCUGAUCUCGUAAUGCCUCCGAAGCCCGUCGAAAGACCAAGGGGAGCUGGCUUGCAGUAUUACAACAUUGACUUCUCGUUGCAAGCUCAGCUUCAACUGGCCGGGGCUGCGUCAGCUGAAAGCACAACAACCAGCAGCGUUAAGUCGGAUCCGAUAGCUCGCAAGCUCCGCCUACGUCGCGGCCGGCCCGAGCCCGAGCAGAAGGACUCGGCGCUGAUCCUGCGCGGCAUGCAGGAGCAAGCCAACACGCAGCACGGCGACAACGUGCUCGACCAACGACACAGCGAACUCAAACCAAAACGCUGGGACGAAAGCUUAGAGAAGCCCCCGCUAGACUAUUCGGAGUUCUUCGACGAAGACACGGGUCAAACUCCUGGACUACAGGUGUGGGAGAUCGAGAACUUCAUACCGGCUCCUGUUGAUGAGGUCGCUCACGGGAAAUUCUUCGAAGGUGAUUGCUACAUCGUGCUGAAGACAGCCGUGGAAGAGCAAGGACAGCUGUCAUGGGACAUACACUUUUGGAUCGGAUCCAAAGCUACUUUAGACAAGGGGGCCUGCGCCGCAAUGCACGCCGUUAACCUACGCAACCUGCUGGGAGCCAAGCGCACGCGGCGCCACGAGCAGGGCGACGAGAGCCCCGAGUUCAUGGCGCUGUUCCCCACCCCGCCGGUCUACAUCCAGGGCAGCCACACUCCGUCAGGGUUCUUCACGGUCGACGACCCGCACUACGUAACGCGCUUGUACCGAGUCCACGGCGCCGGCAACAGCAUCCACCUGGAGCCGGUCGCGGUGCGCGCCGCCUCGCUCGACCCGAGAUACGUCUUCGUGCUCGACACCGGACUCAUAAUUUAUCUCUGGUACGGUAAGAAAGCUAAGAACACCCUCAAGUCCAAAGCUCGUUUGUUUGCGGAGAAGAUAAACAAAGAGGAGAGGAAGAACAAAGCGGAGCUGAUCGCGGAACCGCCGGGGAAGGAACCCAAAAGUUUCUGGCAGAUAUUGGGGCACGAAGAGGAUGUGCCUUUUGUACCCGAGGUAACGAUCUUUCAUAAAAUCCAGACAAUUAUAAAUAUUAAGAUUUUCUAA